CAUGCCCCUGCUGCCCGCGGCGCUCACCAGCAGCAUGCUCUAUUUCCAGAUGGUGAUCAUGGCAGGGACGGUGAUGCUGGCGUACUACUUCGAGUACACCGACACGUUCACCGUGAACGUGCAGGGCUUCUUCUGCCACGACAGCGCCUACCGCAAGCCCUACCCGGGCCCGGAGGACAGCAGCGCCGUGCCCCCCGUGCUCCUCUACUCGCUGGCCGCCGGGGUCCCCGUGCUCGUGAUAAUAGUUGGAGAAACUGCUGUGUUUUGCCUACAACUAGCCACACGGGACUUUGAAAACCAGGAGAAAACUAUUUUAACUGGAGAUUGUUGCUAUAUAAACCCACUGGUGCGGCGAACUGUACGAUUUCUGGGUAUUUAUACAUUUGGGCUAUUUGCUACAGAUAUCUUUGUAAAUGCUGGGCAAGUAGUUACCGGGAAUCUGGCUCCACAUUUUCUUGCCCUGUGUAAGCCCAACUAUACAGCACUUGGAUGUCAGCAGUAUACACAGUUCAUCAGCGGGGAAGAGGCCUGCACGGGCAACCCAGAUCUCAUCAUGAGAGCAAGGAAAACGUUUCCAUCCAAAGAAGCGGCUCUCAGUGUCUAUGCAGCUAUGUAUCUGACAAUGUACAUCACCAACACAAUCAAAGCCAAAGGAACAAGACUUGCUAAGCCCGUUUUAUGUUUGGGCUUAAUGUGUUUGGCCUUUCUUACUGGACUCAACAGAGUAGCAGAAUAUCGAAAUCAUUGGUCCGAUGUGAUAGCAGGCUUUCUGGUUGGAAUAUCUAUAGCAGUAUUUCUGGUUGUGUGUGUGGUAAAUAACUUCAAAGGAAGACAACCAGAAAAUGAACAUCUCCACAUGGAUAACCUGGCACAGAUGCCAAUGAUCAGCAUUCCUCGCGUAGAAAGUCCUUUGGAAAAGGUAACAUCUGUACAGAACCACAUCACCGCCUUUGCAGAAGUCACAUGAUAUUGAAGCAGACGGUUUGUCACUGCAUUGGACAUCGUCCCUUUUCACCAUCCAUUCAUAACACCCAAAGUUUGUUUGAUUACAAAAGAAGUUUAUAAAGUUGUCUAAUAAUUUUUAUAAUUUUAAAAUCAGUGUCAACUUAUCUGUUUCCCCC